AUGCGCUUUCUGUCUUCUUCGACUAUCGCGCUCGCGCUGGUCAUGAGCUCCACGUUCGGGCGCCCAGUCAUAACCAAAGAUGCGGACGGCAAUCCUUUGGAAAGUCAUCCCGGCUCGCCCAACCACAGCUCACCAGAGCGUUCUCCAUCUCCAAGCGGGUCGCCGAAGCACACAUUCAGUAAAGACGUGGUUCUUUGGCAUGACCAGCUGAAAAAGCAACUUCCACCAGGCCAGGAGCCGGACCUCUCCCACGAACUAAGAGGUGGCCCGGAAGCACUUAAGCAAAAGCUCGCCGCGGCGCGCUGGAAACACGAGUACAAAAACGCAGCGCCUGGCUACGAAAGGGGCUCGAUGAUAGCCAAUCUACUCAGCGAUUAUGACGCGAAACGCGGUAAGAAGCCACUUCAAUUCACAGGGACGCCGGAAAACCCGUUGUGGCGUAUUCCCAAAUCCCCAAAACGCGUCGACCCGCCGUCGUUCCUGGACAGUGACGGUCGCCCAUUCCCAACUUCCUCGCCUAAGUCCAGCCUCAAAAUGACCCCCACGGAGCGAUACUUCAUGGAAAAGUUUGGUAACAAAUCACCACCACUUUCUCCUGUAUCACAUUACCUAGCGGACCAGUAUGGUCACAAGUUCCCGGCAGUUUCGCAAAAGCCAAGCUCAACGCAUGCCUCAGAGUCCAAGCCACUCGCCGGCCCUUCGCAACCCGCCUCCACCACUAAGAAACCAGGCUUCUUCACGAGGGUCAAGAAUACGUUCCGCGGCAAGACUAGUGGCUCUGGCUCGACUUCUGCGGCUAGCAACGCGCACACUUCUGACGUGUCGCAUCUUGCCGACGACGCAACGAGCGCCCUCAAAAAGCUGCCCGGGCAUUUCCGAUAA